AUGGCCGACAUCCCCAAGACGCAAAAGGCUGCGGUCUACGACCAGCCCGGGACUGUCUCAACCAAGAUUGUGGACCUAGAGGUGCCAGAACCAGGUGCUGGUGAGGUCCUGAUCAACCUGACACACUCAGGCGUAUGUCAUUCUGACCUCGGUAUCAUGACCAACACAUGGAGUCUCCUCCCAUUCCCGACUCAGCCAGGCCAAGUAGGCGGCCACGAAGGUGUUGGCAAAGUAGUCAAGCUCGGUGCAAACACGGAUGCUUCGGGAUUGAAAAUCGGCGACAAGGUCGGCAUCAAAUGGAUUUCCAGUGUAUGCGGAAACUGUCAGCCUUGUCAAGCCAGCGCCGAUGGACUCUGCUUUAAUCAGAAAGUUUCAGGAUAUUAUACCCCAGGCACAUUCCAACAAUAUACCCUGGGACCUGCGAGUUACGUCACACCCAUCCCAGAAAGUCUCGAUUCCGCCGAGGCAGCACCACUUCUCUGCGCCGGAGUGACAGUUUACUCGGCCUUGAAACGCAGUCACGCCCGCCCAGGCCAAUGGGUCAUCAUCUCCGGCGCAGGCGGCGGACUCGGCCACCUUGCCGUCCAACUUGCAAGUCGCGGCAUGGGACUCCGGGUCAUCGGAAUUGACCACGGCAGCAAAGAAGGACUCGUGAAGGAGUCCGGCGCCGAACAUUUCAUCGACAUCACCCAGUUUCCAAAAGAUGACCAGGCUGCGGCAGUGGCUAAGCACGUGCAGUCUUUGACAGAUGGACUGGGUGCACACGCGGCGGUUGUAUGCACUGCUGCCAAUGCGGCAUAUGCGCAGGCAUUGCCGCUGUUGCGCUUCAAUGGCACCUUGGUUUGUGUGGGAAUUCCGGAGAAUGAGCCCCAAGCAAUUGGGACGGCGUUCCCAUCAGUGAUGAUUGGCAAGCAGAUCACUAUUACUGGAUCGGCGGUGGGGACUCGGGCUGAAGCUAUUGAGACGAUGGAGUUUGCUGCAAGAGGUAUUUUGAAGGCGCAUUAUCGGAUGGAGAAGAUGGAGGCUUUAACGGAGGUGUUCAAGGAGAUGCAUGAGGGUAGGGUACAGGGACGGGUUGUUUUGGAUCUUUCUGGGUAG